UCGUCAUUUUCUUGCUCAUCGCACGAAUUAACAAUGUUGGUGCUCCUAAUUGCGAUAUGCAUCCUUUCCGGCGUGCAUGCCACGAAACUCGAGCGGGUGCACGACAACGAACUCCUGAAUCUUAUAAAAGUCGAAAAAUAUGUGAUCGUUCUAUUUACAACUAGCGCGGAUUGUACAAAUUGCAAUAAUUAUGAAAAGAAGUUGGCUCACUUGCGUGAGGAUCUCGUGGAUGUCAUGUCUGCGUGGGUUGUUAAGGCUAUUGAUAGUCAAUUACUCCAAUUAUAUAGUAAUGAUAGAGAACCUGUUCUAAUAUUUUUCCGACAUGGGCUUCCUUUGUUAUAUGACGGACCUUUGGAGGACGAAGACAUUAUAACUACGUUUACGGAAAAUAAAGCACCUACAGUAAAGGAACUUACAGACGAUACAUUUGAGCAUUUAACUCAAGCAAGCACUGGUGCUACGACUGGCGAUUGGUUCAUUAUGUUUUACAGCACGGACUGCGUACAAUGCUUACGCACAAUGGCAAAAUGGGAAAUGGUCGGUGCCAAGCUUAAACAUAAAGUAAAUGUAGCACUUGUUAAUAAAGCCACAACUGGGAUUUCCACAGCCAGGAGAUUUAACAUUUAUAAUACGCCAAAAUUUAUACUUUUUAGGCAUGGGAAAAUAUAUCGGUAUGAUGUAGGAACACAUGAUGUUGCUUCUUUUGUAGCAUUCGCCAAAGAAGAAUACAAAGAUAUAAAACCAGAAGAAGUACCUCCACUUCCAAGCUAUUUCGAUGAAUACACAAAAGUAAUUAUAACGUUUCUCUAUGAUAAUCCGUGGAUACUCAAGCUAGCUAGCAUUUGCAUUGGGGUGCUGGUUAUUGUUCUAGCAACUAUUAAAUGUAUGCAAUCAGAUGAAAAAGAAGAUAAAGAGGAUAAAGAAGACUAAUAAGUACAUUCGAGAUUUGCCAAAAAUACAAUAUGAAUGUUUCUCUGUACAGACUAUUGUUUAUAAUACUAA